CAGUUUGUCUCUUUUGCUCAUUUUUCGAGCUCGAUUUUUAUUCGUCAAACUGUAUUUUGCACUUGAAGUUGUUGCAUUUUAAGAGGAUUAAACGUCAUGCGCAGAGUUUCGAGAUGAUGCGCUCGCGUCAAGAUCAAGUGAAAUUCUGCUGAUCGCUGGAGCGAGUGGACACAGAUCGGACUCUGAUCGGAUGGACUGAUGACCAGCGCUCAGGUGCGGCAGGAUGUGGAGGAGGUCUCUUCAGAACGUUCAAACACACACACUGAUGCUGAUGCUGCUUUUAAUGCUUUUCACUCUCUCUGCAUCUCUGGAUCAUCUAGAGCAUCACGUGCCGACGGGCACAUGCGAGGUGGUGGCGUUACACCGAUGCUGUAAUAAGAACAAGAUCGAGGAGCGCUCACAGACCGUCAAAUGCUCCUGUUUCCCGGGUCAAGUAGCUGGAACCACCAGAGCGGCUCCUUCAUGUGUCGACGCUUCUAUAGUUCAGCAGAAGUGGUGGUGUCAGAUGGAGCCGUGUCUGGAUGGAGAAGAAUGUAAAGUUCUGCCGGAUUUCAGAGGCUGGAGUUGUGCUACUGGAAACAAAAUCAAAACUACAAAGAUCUCUUCUGACCGGGAUCAGCUCUGGUAACCGCUGCUGGAAAACUGAUACAGACACAUGAAGAAGCUCUUUAGCAUGAGAACGUGAGGAACAGGAGUCUCAGAUGAGAGCGAUCACAGGAUGAAAAGAGACUUUAAAUGACAGAGCUCCUCAUUCAAACCCAUGAACUGUGUGUGUGAUAGAGUCUGUCUGAUCUGUCA